AUGGGUAAGCGGAAGUCUGGUGCGUCCAGCACCUUUCCCGAGACCAUCGCCCAGCAGCCGGCCCAGCUGCGGUCAGCCGCGGGUCCCUAUGCCGUCUACUUCCCAUCGGGCUACGACCCGGCGACUGGCGUCAAGUGGGAAACAUACACACAUGCCAAGAAGCGACAUAGCCUGAUUGUGGGGCGCCCGGAUAGCGUCGACUUCGUGGGCGGGAGCAUGGGUGGAGAGCACAGCACCGCCCCUCCCUGCAGGUACGCGCUGGGCGUGUUCGACCGUGCCAGCGGCGCCCUGACCCUGGCACCCCUGGCGCACGACCGCCUGCUGCGGCUGGAGCCGCGGGUGUGCGGCGUGGACUACGGCCCCUCCGAAGCCCUGAACUCGUCGGUGGAGGGGUUGGAGGAGCGCAAGGCCGCCACCCUCCGCCUGGUGGGCCAGCUGGGCAGCCAGCGGCGGCAGCGGCAGCUGCUGGCGCGGGAGGCGGCGCGCGUCGACCCCCGCGCCACGGUGUCCAGCCCCGAGGCACUGCGCGGGCAGGUGGCGCGCGGAGCGGCCUCGCCCUCCAAGGAGGACCUGGUGGCGGCGGCCAUUGCCGGGCGGGCGCUGCCCCCGCAUGACCCUGGCGCGACCACCGCGCCGCGGGCCUACCCCACGCGCGGCCUGGUCUGGGACGCGCUCUGGGACGCGCUGCCGGCGCCGGGGCAGCGCGACCUCAUGCUCAGCUGGAUGGUGGCCGCCGCGCUGCGCGCCGAGCCGUCGGCCUCGCUGGACGGCGCGGAGGCGGAGGCGCUGGCGGCCACGCUGCAGCUGCGCCUGGCGGCGCUGGCGGAGCGCUGUCGCGAGCUGGGCGCCACCACCAGCACGACGGGGGCGCACGGCGCGAAGAAGACCAGGGUGACCCUGCUGCCGCCCAGCGCGGAGGCACGCACCCUGGCAUCCUACUUCCCGGGGCUCAAAAUGGAGAAGAAGCGGGCGGGGAGGGGGUGA